AUGGCUGAAGCUUCCAACUUCCUUUCAAGUCAGCGGAUUGCAGUUGUGAGUGGAGGCAACAAAGGGAUAGGAUUAGAAAUAUGUAGACAACUAGCAUCAAAGGGGAUAGUGGUGAUUUUAACAGCAAGAGAUGAGAAAAAAGGGAAUGAAGCUGUUAUUGAUAUGUUAAAGAUGUAUGACCACCCAAAUUAUAAUGUCAUUUUUCAUCAAGUUGAUGUGACUGACAUUUCUAGUAUUGCAAGACUCAAAGAUUUCAUCAAGGAUAGAUUUGGCAAACUUGAUAUCUUGGUGAAUAAUGCGGCAAUUCUUGGAGUGCUUUUGGAUAAAGAAGUUAUUAUAAGCCCACAACAAGACUUAUUCGUUGAGAAGAUAAACGUAGCCACUCAAACUAUUGAUAUAGCUGAAGAAUGUAUAAAAACAAAUUACUAUGGUGCAAAAUGGAUGAUACAACAAUUAUUACCUCUACUUCAAUUAUCUGAUUCACCACGUAUUGUCAAUGUCUCCUCCUCUGGUGGAAAAUUAGAGAAAGUACGCAAUGAAUGGGCUAUUGGAGUCUUAAAUGAUUGUGAUAAUCUAACAGAAGACAAAGUGGAUGAGGUUUUGAAUGUUUUUCUCAAAGAUUUUAAAGAGGGUUUGCUAGAAAUAAAAAAUUGGCCAACAACUGUAUCUGCUUAUGUCCUAUCAAAAGCAGCCCUAAAUGGUUACACAAGAGUAUUGGCAAAAAAUUACCCAAAUUUUCUCAUAAACUGUGUUUGUCCAGGUUAUGUGAAAACUGAUAUAUGUUGCAAUUGUGGCACAUUAACUGUUGAAGAGGGUGCUCAAAGUCCUGUUUGGCUUGCUCUUUUACCUCAAGGAAGUCCAUCAGGAAACUACUACAUUAGGAAAGACCUUUCACCUUUCUAA